AGUGGGUGCCGGAGGCGGGCUCUGCUGGCCAGAAGGGUCGGUUGCGCGUGUGCCAUGGACUCAGCUGCCCGGUGAUAUUGACAAUAGGAGAGAGAAAGGGGCAUUGACCAGGACCCUCCGCGGCUACUGAACGGCGGCUCUGGCAGCGGCGGCUCCAGCUCCAGCGACCCCUCCUUCUCCUUCCUUCUUCUCCUGCUGCUGCUGCGGAUCCAGUCUUCCUCCCUUCCCCCCUCCCCACGUCGUCGCUGCCGCCGCCGGGUCCGGGGCAACGAGCAGAGGCGCCGCCCGCCGGGAAUGUGAACGAGGAGCCACCGGCGGAACCGCAACGGGGUCGGUGCCGAUUUGAUGGGACGGGCCCGCGGGGGAGGAGCGUGAGGCCGCCGCCGCCGCCGGAGCGCUGAGGUUCAGGUCCGGCCGUGAGGCCUAGAGGCGCCGCCACCGCGGAACCGAAGGUACGACGCGCCGGACAGCCGUCGCCCCGGGCUCCGUGCCGCUGUCCUGACCUCCCCCUGCAGGUCCCGGUUCCGCCGUCCGCUCCCGCUGCAGCCCUCGCGCGUCUCCAGCCCCGCGAAACCACAGAUCAUUCGGAUUCUUCCCCAGAAGCUUCAAGUAGGGAUAUGUCCUCAGCACCAACUACUCCUCCAUCAGUGGAUAAAGUAGACGGAUUUUCUCGGAAGUCCGUCAGAAAAGCCAGACAGAAGAGGUCGCAAAGUUCCUCACAGUUUAGGUCUCAAGGCAAGCCCAUUGAGUUAACACCUCUGCCGCUGCUAAAAGACGUUCCAUCCUCAGAGCAGCCUGAACUGUUCCUAAAGAAACUUCAGCAGUGCUGUGUCAUUUUUGACUUCAUGGACACGCUAUCUGAUCUUAAAAUGAAAGAAUACAAGCGCUCCACUCUUAAUGAACUGGUGGACUACAUUACAAUAAGCAGAGGCUGUUUGACAGAGCAGACUUACCCUGAAGUAGUUAGAAUGGUAUCUUGCAAUAUAUUCAGAACUCUCCCUCCUAGUGACAGCAAUGAAUUUGAUCCAGAAGAAGAUGAACCUACCCUUGAGGCAUCAUGGCCACACUUACAGCUUGUAUAUGAAUUUUUCAUACGAUUUUUGGAAAGCCAAGAAUUCCAACCCAGCAUUGCCAAAAAAUACAUAGAUCAGAAAUUUGUAUUACAGCUUUUGGAGCUGUUUGACAGUGAAGACCCUCGGGAACGGGACUACCUAAAAACAGUUUUGCACAGAAUUUAUGGCAAGUUUCUUGGUCUUAGAGCAUUUAUCCGAAAACAGAUUAACAAUAUUUUUCUAAGGUUUGUUUAUGAAACAGAACACUUCAAUGGUGUAGCUGAACUGCUGGAAAUAUUAGGAAGUAUUAUCAAUGGCUUUGCUUUACCUCUUAAGGCAGAACACAAACAGUUUCUGGUGAAAGUGUUGAUCCCUUUACACACUGUCAGGAGCUUAUCCCUCUUCCAUGCCCAGCUGGCAUAUUGCAUAGUACAGUUUCUGGAGAAAGAUCCUUCACUCACAGAACCAGUUAUUAGGGGGUUAAUGAAAUUUUGGCCCAAAACAUGUAGUCAAAAAGAGGUCAUGUUCCUUGGGGAGCUGGAAGAAAUAUUGGAUGUGAUUGAACCCUCACAGUUUGUCAAAAUUCAAGAACCUUUGUUUAAACAAAUUGCUAAGUGUGUAUCUAGCCCCCAUUUUCAGGUGGCAGAAAGGGCACUCUAUUAUUGGAAUAAUGAAUACAUCAUGAGUUUGAUAGAAGAAAACUCUAAUGUCAUCCUUCCCAUCAUGUUUUCCAGUCUUUAUAGGAUUUCCAAAGAACAUUGGAAUCCGGCCAUCGUGGCGCUAGUGUACAAUGUGUUGAAGGCAUUUAUGGAAAUGAACAGCACCAUGUUUGAUGAGCUGACAGCCACAUACAAGUCAGAUCGUCAGCGUGAGAAAAAGAAAGAAAAGGAGCGUGAAGAACUGUGGAAAAAACUGGAGGAUCUGGAGUUAAAGAGAGGUCUUAGACGUGAUGGGAUAAUUCCAACUUAACAGAAGUAAUGACAGCAACAUUACUAACCUGUGGAGUCACACAUUUAUGUAGUAGAAGAUGGAGCAACAGUUUUCUGUAUUGUGCAACUUUACAGUAGAUUUCACAUUUGUUUCAUUAUUACAACAACACUGUAUAUACCUGUCUCUAAAUAAAGGAAAAAAAAUAAGGACUUCAAUCCCAAGUUUGGACAGUAGAUGGACUUCUCAGAACUUUGCAAACAUAAUCAUUGUUCUAACCCUCUUAAAAAAAAAGCAGUCUUCAAAAAUCUGUUGAUGAAAUUGCUAUGUUAAAAUUCCAUUAUUGGGGGUUCCUUAUUUAUCAUUAGCAGAGAGUAUGAAACAAUUUUCAAAUGUGAACAAUCUUAAAUUUAGCUUGUCUUUCUGCUAAGCCAUUAAAUGUAUUUAUAGUAAAGGAAGAGAAAAAAGACUGUCAUUUCCCUGUAGGUUUGUAUAACAUCUUCCUCUGGAUCACUUGACUAUAAUUUGACAUCUUUUCCUUUUGCACAUCUUCAUGAAUUGAAUGUCCACAUGGAAAAGGGCCAUGCAUUAUAAAGGUCCUUGAUAAAAGUUUUAUUUACUGGAGUGAACAUCUUUCCAGUAUAACCAGGUAGUCCUUUAACCAGGUAAACUCCUUUAGUUUUAAAAUUAGGAGGAAAAGAGAAGAGGUGAUAAACAUAGUAGGGAAGGGAAUUUUUGGAUUCAUGCAUCAGUUGAUGGUGAAUCCAAAUCAAUAUCUUGAAUCCUUUGAAAACAGGCACUGGGACAUCAUAGGCUUCAGUACCUGACCAGUAUUAGUUGCAAACAUCAUUGAAUACACAUACCAGAGAUGUUUUAGAAAUGUCAGAAAACAUCCUUUGGAUCAUUUUGAAAUAAGAGAGACAAACACUAAACAGUACAACCAUGAAAUUAAUUGUCAGGAUUGUGAAUCUAAUUGGGAAUAGAGUUGAGCAAACAGCUUGGACUGUUUGGAGUUGUUGCCUUACUUUUUAAUAUGUAUUUAUAAAGUAUUCCAGCAAAAGAGGAUGUAGCCUCUGGGGAAAAAAAAACAUGUUACAGUGUUUUUUGUAGAUCUCGUUCUAUAUGUCAUUACAGUGCCAGCCCUGUUUUUAGCCGGAAAGGAUUCAGGAUAAACAUUAUUAUGCAUUCUGAAUUGGAUGCGUAUUCCUAACUACUGUAUUUGUUACCAAAAGUAGUUCUACAAAUGCUACUGAAAAAAAUCUGGAAAUUCCUAAUGUCCUGAGUAUUAAUAAUAAAGUUUAAAAUGCUUUUAUAUCAAAGGUGCAUUGUGACCAAAUUGUUUAAGAAAAAAAACAAAACAAAA